GAAUCACUUGGACAGCAACAUACAGUUGAGCAAGACGACGCUUCAUGCAGCGGCCAGGCCAACCACUUCCAGCGAACAUGCUGCACAUUCUAUUCCUGGUCUUCUUUCCUUUCUCCCACUUGUUAGUAGCAAUGGCGGAGAGCAACGUCACAGCUAUGUUCGUCUUUGGCGAUUCGAUCGUCGACAGCGGGAACAAUGACUUCUUGGACACCACUUCCAAGGGCAACUACUAUCCAUACGGAGUAGAUUUCCCGGCGGGUGCCACCGGCAGGUUCACAAACGGAAGGAACCCCGCGGACAUACUGGCACAGUUGCUGGGCCUCCCCCGCUUGCUUCCCGUCUUCAACGAUCCUCUGACCAAGGGGAGCGCCAUUCUUUCCGGCGUCAAUUACGCAACUGGCGGUUCGGGCAUACUCGUUUCCACUAGCGUAACUGCGAACGUCACGUCACUGGGGCAGCAGGUUACCAACUUCAUCAAUUCGACGCUGCCGGAUUUGGAGUCUCAACUGAAGGGGAGCGCGGGGCUCUCAUCCUACCUAUCACAAAGCAUCUUCCUUUUCAACUCCGGCGGAGACGACCUCUCGGUGCAGUGCUCGGCGUCCGCCCUGGCGGAGUGCUUCACCCUUGCAGAGGAGCUGGUGGGGAAUUUCACCCAGCAGCUCGAGAGGUUGUAUGAUUAUGGGGCGCGGAAAUUUGUGGUGUUCAAUCUCAUGCCGAGCGGUUGCGACGUCUACGCUAAAAGCAUAAACAACGGGACUUGCGCGGAGUACUUGAACGAGGCUGACUUGUAUUUCAACCACAAGCUGAAGGCUGCUUUGGAUGGUGUGAGCAAAGAGAAGGUGGGGAUGGCCUUCGUCUAUGUCAACAUCACCCACAUGGUUAAUGCCAUUUUCGACGACCCAGCAGCAUACGGGGUAGCAGUAACCAAUGAAUCAUGUUGCACGGUGCCCAGCGACGGUGCCGGGUUUCUCUGUUCGGAAGGAGUUGCGCCCUGCUCAGAUCGGAGCAGCUACCUCUACUUCGACACUGUGCAUCCAACGGAGCAUGUGUACGUGCAGCUGUCGACGAAGGCCUACUCCUCCGAGCUUGACACGGAGGUCUACCCCUUCAAUGUUAAAGUCCUAGCAGGCCUUGCUGUAACUUCUUCGCUGGCUCAACCAUGGGGUGACGCUUAGUUGCAGUAGAGUCAUGCAGUUAUUUAGGAUAACAUUACUGGUUGAGAAUAUAUCCGGAUGAGAUUUUAAGUGGAAAAGACUGUCUUUGCUUCUUACCGUAUGAGAUCUUUAAAUGAAAAAGAUUGUGUUUACAUCUUUUUAUAUA